AUGAACAGCGUCCUCGCCACUUCUCCCUUCUCCGCGCCGCAUCUUCUCCAGAACACCCGCCUCUCGCCAAACCGCUCCAUGCCCCCCGCCCCGAACCAGAUGUCCUCGCGCAAGCGCAAAGCCGACGAAGAUCAUGCCGACACCGACGAACGCAUGUCUGCAUCCCCCGAGCGCUCGCCCUCGAUGGGCCAGCGAUCCCUCAUCCAGCCUGCGGCCCGCCACGGCAGUAAGCGUCUGCGCACAAACAUUAGCGGCCGCCCCCUCGGUCUUUCCCGCCUGCUGGAGACGCUAGGGCCCGAAGACAUGAGGAGUCUCCUUCAAUCAAUCUGCGAGCGCCACCCAGACAUUGGCGCCGAGGUCGUCAACACCGCUCCCCGGCCUAGCGUCGCCUCCGCACUGCAGGUGCUCAACAACUACGAAUCCGCUCUCCAAGCCGCCUUUCCCUUUGGCAAUCGCAACACCUCCGACUACGCCUACAACCGAGUCAGGCAACCUCUGCACGACCUUCUCGAAUCCCUCAAGGACUACACCCCGCACUUCCUCCCGCCGAACGAGAUGCAGCCGGCUACAUCCCUUGACUUCCUUGAUGGCGCCACCGAAAUCCUCCACAAACUGCCCAACUGGGAUACUUUCCAGCACAACCGCCACAAGCAGGAAGCAUACGAAGAGAUGGCAAAGGCUUGGGCGAUGGUCGUCAGAGAGGCGGGAAAGAGGGGUGGCGGCAUUCAACUUGGAUACGGCGGCUGGGAUCAAAAGAUUUCAAAGCACAAUGAGCUUUCCGGUGGCAGGAUGCAGGAGGCCGUCAACGAACUGCGGUCGCACCUGGGCUGGAUGGGCGGCAGCAACCCUGCCGGCCAGCAAGCAGGCGUGGGCACCAAUGAUAUACGGCAGCAGCUGCUCAACGGUACAUAUGGCUUAGGUGCUCCCGUCCGCGUCGGUCCUUGCCGCGGUGGCUUGUCUUCUGUCAUGUGUCGUUCUACGGAAUUUGCUCGGUUCUGCAAGUUUGCACUGGGUGGACAAUGCUUUCAUCCACUGGACGCGGCCCGGGUGGUUGGCCUUAGGUGGUUCCUUCUUUCCUUCCCGACGUCGACCCUGUGCGCGCUUUCCUGGCUCGACCGACCCGCCGUCACCGGGACGCGCCUUCUUCUUUCCAACUUCACCGCGACGCUUUUCUUCCGCCGUGGUCUCACUCUUUUGCUGCUCAGAACGACCCACUCCCUCCGCGGCGGCCCGUACAAGGCUGCAGGAAGGACACCCUCAUUGUCGUCGCUCAACUUCACUCUUGACACGCACCGCUUUGGUGCCGGUGCCAGGAACUCCUACAUCGCACGGCCAACACGGCCGCACCUCACCCGCCUACAUCGCCCAUCUCACUCGGUGGAGCAGCAAGCCAGAAAGCACCAGCAACCUACUGGCUUGUUCGCCAUGGCUGUCCUCAAAGGAAUCAACGGGUUGCAAGUGCAGAUAUUGUCGCCUAAGGACUCGUACAAGGAAGAGUACCACGACACUGACAAGGAGCAAUCUGACAACGUCGCCACGCAGUACAUUGAGGCUGAAUCUGGCCAGGAGUUUCACAUCGAGUGGCACUUCCAGCCUGCCUUCCCGUUCAAGGAUAACCACAUCAGGAGUUCCGUUCACUUGGACGGUAAGGAAGUCGACAAUAUUAUCUGCGAUACGAAGCGACUCCAAAGAUGGGAGGGUUACCGGACCGUACUUUCUGGGGCUCGCUUCAAGAAAAAUGGGAAGUGGUAUGAGCUUCCGUUCUCGUUUGCGGAUCUGAACAUAGAUGAAGAUAAUCAUGGCCUUAACAACACUGGUCUCAAGGAGAAAGUCAGCUGUCUCGGAGAGAUCAGCGUACGACUCUGGAGGAUUGAGAAGACUGGCGAAAGCAAAAGUAGCACCAAUCAGCCCUCAUUCAAGUCGCUGAAGACUGUCCCGGAAAAGGCUUUGAAGGGCCGAGCUGUCUCGCAGCAGGCACACUUAGGAGAUGAGCGUGUCGUGGCCGACGUGAGUGUAUCGCAUGUGCGUUACAUCAACCCUUACGAUAAGCCAUUCGCAGUCUUCAACUUCCGCUACAGGUCUCGCUCUGGGCUGGAAGCACUGGGAUUGAUCGCAGCUCUUGAGGAUCGUCCCAUCGAGAGUCUCAGCAACGAAGAGCUGAGAGAGCUAGUGAAGCGGCAGCAGGAGCAACUCAAAGCCACAUCCCAAGUCAAGACGGAAGUGAAGAUCAAGCGGGAGCGAGAAGAUGACGACGGCGCUGAACGGAAGAUUAAGCGGCAGGAUCGUUCGCGUACGUCCGAGGACGUGGAGACGGUCGAUUUGACCGAAGUCUAA